UCCCUCUGACGAACUACUGGGCAUUCUGGGUCGACCUUCAAUGGCAUGUGAAACGCAUUGCCCCUGGCCGAGUAGUUGUCAUGUCGGUGUCCAGGAGUGGCUGCAAAGGACUCCGACAGGCAGCUCAACACCUCGCAAGAAUGGGAUCUUUGUUUGCUGAACAUCUGACUCCCUCAGCCCACUGGAUCUGGGUCUUCAUCAAGGGUGGCCAGACACUCUCUGAAACAACCGUGAUUGAAGGCAGUGACAAUACCUACUUAGAAAUCCAGUUAGUUCUCAAACGGAAACUGUUUCAUCCAAAUAUUGCAGAUUCUCUUGAAAAAGAACGCUGGCACUUCUGUGACAACGAGGACGGUUUAGGAGAACUUUGCGAUGAAACCAGUCCUGCCCCUUUGCCAGUGCCCUUACAGCCAAAACUGAGUUUGACCUCUGUAGAUCCUUUAGAAAGUGUGCCUGUCAUUAUCACGGCUGGUAAAAGGUUCCGUUACCUGUGCUAUACCCUGAUGAGAAUUCUCGCAGCUCCUGGAGUACAUCCUGAGAACCUGCUGGUUGUUCUUGGGGACACCUCCAGGCAGACACUCAAAGUGCUCCACCUUCUUAACAUCAAUCACGUCACAUUACCUACUCAUGGGACAGGCAAUACGAAGUUAUUCCACUACUACAGAGAUGUUUUCGCUUUCAUUGCCAAGACAUAUAAUGACUCUCAAAAUGUGAUUAUGAUGGACGAAGAUGUAGAAGUCUCACCUGAUUUUUUUUCAUUCAUGAGUCAGACUUUAUGGCUCUUGCAACAUGAUCCUUCAGUGUACUGCAUCAAUGGCCAUGGAAAACAUAAGACUAUUUCACAUGACAUCCACAAAGUACUUCGUGGAAGAUCCAUGGUUGCCUGGGGUUACGCUCUAAGCGUUACCUUUGUUAAGGAGGCUUUGAAGUCCUGGUUGAAUGUGGCAGAAGAUGCACAUGAUUUUUAUGACCUCUGGCUUUUCCAACAUGUGGCCAAUGGAAGGGACUGCGUCUUUCCAGAUGUAAGCAGAACAAAACACUAUGGUAUAGGCAUCAACACUGUACCAUUUCAAACUGAAUUGUUUUUUCAAGCAAUACCUUUGGUAGAGGAAAGUGGUGUGCUUUUGACUAACACCAGUAGACUUGUGAAACCCUUAUGGAAGCAUGACUUAACCGAGAGCAUUAGGGGAGCAAAAGUCCUCACAGGCAAUCCUUGCAGUGAAACCUUCAUCCCAACGCCUGCGACACCUACAACUUAUGUCAUCUAUGUAAAUAUGACGAAGACCUCUGAUGGUUGGCCUGACUGCUGGAACUAUUACCAGCUACAGAAAUGCCUAGGAGCCUGGGAUCUAGGACCCUUCUCUACUGACCCACAUGGUCUGCACGAGGGAGUGGCUACCUUCAUGCUUUCUCCCAAUGCAACAGUCCACGCCGUUGGAGUUCCCUACUCCUCCUACUCAUACCUCAGGCAUCCCAGCAUCACCCCAUGGAUAGCCACUGCCACUGAAGGCGAAUACGAAAUGUUUACAGAAAACGUGCUAUUUGUUGGUUCCAUUAAAGUUAAGAACAGAAAUAUGACAUCAGAAAAGCUUCUGAAACUACUGACUUGGGCAUGACCAAGAACGAAACACAAAUAUCAGUGAAAUAAUCUGCCAUUCAUUCUUUGUAAUUCUGCAUGGUCCACCAUUUCUUCUGAGAACAUGUAAGAAGUGAUGGG